AUGCCUAUGUGGAGGGUCUUGAAUUAUGUGGCAGAGAGAAAAGAAGAGGAUGAGAAAAAGAAAGAAAAAGAGAAUGGAGAGGAUGAGGUAAAAGAAAAAGAGAGUGAAGAGAGAGAAAAAGGAAAAGCAAUUGAGAAGCCCCUUCCUUAUCCUAAAGUCCAUUCAAGGAAGGAAAAAGAAAACCAAUUUGAGUGUUUCAUGGAAAUUUUCAAGAAAUAUGAGAUUAACAUACCAUUCUUUGAAGCACUUCAACAAAUGCAUUCACAUGAAUUUUUUUUGAAGGAACUCCUUACGAAAAAGAGGAAAUACAUUGAAGAGGAAACUAUUGAAGUACAAGGAAAUUGCAGUGCUGUCAUACAAAAGCUUUCACCUCCUAAGUUUAAAUAUCCGGGUAGUUUCACCAUCCUGUGUAUCAUAGGAAAGUUGGUCGUUGGAAGGGCAUUGAUUUAUUUGGGAGCUAUCAUUAAUCUGAUGCCUCUCUCUAUGUUUAAAACAUUUGGAGGCUUGGAACUUAAGCCUACUCGUAUGACUCUCAAAUUAGUAGAUAGAUCCCUGAUAUACCCUCAUGGGGUGGUUGAAGAUGUGCUUGUUAAAGUGGAUAAAUUUCUAUUCCCUGUGGAUUUUGUCAUCAUGGAGAUGGAGGAGGAUGUGGAUGUGCCUCUCAUUCUUGGGAGACCAUUUAUGAAGACUGCUAGAGUAUUAAUUGAUAUGGAGAAUGGAAAACUCAAAGUAAGAGUACAGGAUGAAGAGGUGAAUUUCAAUGUGUUUGAAGCCAUGUCUCACCCAAAUGAUGAUAAGGCAUGUUUUCAUUUUGACACAUUUGAUGAAGUAUGUAUGAUUCAAGAGAAGUUGGUACGUGUUGCUUCCCCCUUGGAGAAAACCCUCAUUGAUGCUUUUGAAGCCUUGAACAAUGAGGAAGAGAAAUUGAUUGAUGAGUGCUUGACUGACUUGGAUGUGCUAACAUAA